GCCGGGCUCCGUCAGGGGCCGUCGCGGGCCGCGGGCGCUCAGGGGCGGCCGGGCCCGGGCUCAGCGUCCCCGCGGCCGGCAGGGGCUCGGGGCAGGGAGCGCUCGCUCCGUGCCGGCUCUGGAUCGUUUCACCCGCAGUGAUUUCAGCAGCCGAUGAACAUAAAGAAAAAAGGGGAAAAAAAAGAUAAAUUUAAAAAAAACCACCCCAAAAUGAUGUCAAGGCAAGCUUUCCUCUGCAGCUUGGGCUCCCUUUAUUUAUCCCUGCUCUUCGUCUUCCUGCUGAUGGACGUUUGCGCCAGGCCCGCGAACAAUUCCGUGCUGAGGGACGAGAAGGAGCUGCUGCCCCCGGAUCACCUGAACGGCGUCAAGAUGGAGAUGGACGGGCACCUGAACAAGGAGUUCCACCAGGAGGUGUUCCUGGGCAAGGACAGGGACGAGUUCGAGGAGGACUCCGAGCCCAGGAGGAACAGGAGGAAGCUGAUGGUGAUUUUUUCCAAGGUGGAUAUAAAUAACGAUAAAAAAAUCAGUGCCAAGGAAAUGCAGCGCUGGAUCAUGGAAAAAACCGACGAGCAUUUCCAGGAGGCCGUGGAGGAGAACAAAAUGCAUUUCCGAGCCGUGGACCCUGAUGGGGAUGGUCACGUGUCGUGGGAUGAGUACAGAAUUAAAUUCUUGGCCAGCAAAGGCUUCAACGAGAAGGAAAUUGCCGAGAAAAUCAAAAACAACGAGGAACUGAAAAUAGACGAAGAAACGCAGGAAGUGCUGGACAACCUGAAGGAUCGCUGGUACCAGGCGGACAAUCCCCCCCCGGACCUGCUGCUGAGCGAGCAGGAGUUCCUGUCCUUCCUGCACCCCGAGCACAGCCGCGGCAUGCUGCACUUCAUGGUGCAGGAGAUCAUCCGCGACCUCGAUCAGGACGGGGAUAAGAAGCUGACCCUGUCGGAAUUCAUCUCCCUGCCCGUGGGCACGGUGGAGAACCAGCAGGCGCAGGACAUUGACGACGACUGGGUGAGGGACAGGAGGAAGGAAUUCCAGGAGGUCAUCGACGCCAACCACGACGGGAUCGUCACCAUGGAGGAGCUGGAGGAAUACAUGGAUCCCAUGAACGAGCACAACGCGCUGAACGAGGCGCGGCAGAUGAUCGCCGUGGCCGACGAGAACCAGGACCACCACCUGGAGCUGGAGGAGAUCCUCAAGUACAGCGAGUACUUCACCGGCAGCAAGCUCAUGGAUUACGCCCGCAACGUCCACGAGGAGUUCUGAGCUCCCUCCCCGCUCCUGCCGGGACUUCGGUUUGUUCACCCAAAAAAAAAAAAAAAAUUAAAAAAAAAAAGACUUCGGCCAAGCCGCAGGAAUUCCUCGCUGCCGUCGCCGCUCCUCGCUCGCGGAGGAUUCCCGGUUUUCCGUCCGUCCCUGGGAUCUGCAGCUCCUUGGAGUGGUUCUUCCCUGCCAGGAGGAAUCGUUGGGAAUUCUUGGAUUCCAGCAUUUUUUCCCCCUGCCAGGAGGAAUCGUUGGGAAUUCUUGGAGUCCAGCAUUAUUUCCCCCUGCCAGGAGGAAUCGUUGGGAAUUCUUGGAUUCCGGCAUUUUUUCCCCCUGCCAGGAGGAAUCAUUGGGAAUUCUUGGAUUCCGGUGUUUUCUUUCCCUGCCAGGAGGAAUCAUUGGGAAUUCUUGGAUUCCGGUGUUUUCUUUCCCUGCCAGGAGGAAUCAUUGGGAAUUCUUGGAUUCCGGCGGUUUUUUCCCCCUGCCAGGAGGAAUCAUUGGGAAUUCUUGGAUUCCGGCAUUUUUUCCCCCUGCCAGGAGGAAUCAUUGGGAAUUCUUGGAUUCUGGUGGGUUUUUUUCCCCCUGCCAGGAGGAAUCGUUGGGAAUUCUUGGAUUCCGUAGGUUUUUUCCCCUGCCAGGAGGAAUCGUUGGGAAUUCUUGGAUUCCGGCAUUUUUUCCCCCUGCCAGGAGGAAUCGUUGGGAAUUCUUGGAUUCCGGCGGUUUUUUCCCCCUGCCAGGAGGAAUCAUUGGGAAUUCUUGGAUUCCGGCAGGUUUUUUUGUUUGUUUGUUUUCCUUUUUGGUUUGUGGGGGUUUGAAUCCAGCUGGAAUUGUGGUCGGUCUGAAAUAUUCCCGUGUUUCCUUCAGCUGCUGAUCCCAGGAGGUGCCAAAGAAAAGCUGGGUUUUGGGAAGGGAACGGUGAUUCCAAGGCAAGUUUGGCCUCCACACCCAAUUCCUUAAAGGUUUCUUUUCCCUCAGCUGCCGAUCCGGGGAAUCCUAACCAAGAGCUGGAUUUGGGGGAUUUUGGUGGUUCCAAGGAAUGUUUGACCUCCUGGGGAGAUCCACCCCCAAUUCCGUUUGGGAGGCUCCUUGAAUAUUCAUCCCCUUCUUUGCUUUCUCCAGCUGCUGAAACGGGGAAUCCCAAAGAAAAGUUGGAUUUGGGGAAUUUUGCUCUUUCCAAGGAAUGUUUGACCUCCUGGGGAGAUCCACGCUCAAUCCCAGUGUUUUUCUCAACUUCCUGAAGAGUUUAGUGGGAAUUUUUUUGCCUCUUUUUAGGGGGCUGGGGUGUUACAGAAGAAAACUCUUUGGAAUUAAAUUAAUUGAAAUGAAAGAAAAUUAAUUAACAUUAAUUUAAUUUAAUACAAAAAUGACAUUUUUUUGUUGACAUCUGCACUGGGAAUGGCAGAUUAUGGCUUUAAAAAAUCAGAUUUUGGUCGAAAGUCAAACAGUUUGGAAGUUUUUGGGGGGGAAUUUAAGCUGUUGGACAGAGCAGUGGGAAUUCCCAUGGAGUCUGAUGGCUGCUUAAUUAAAAUUCACUGCUAAAAUUAAUGAGCUCUGUGCUAAUAAAUGCUGUUCAUGA